CACAUCUGCCUGGAGCAUCCACAGCAGACCCAUCAACUCUUCAACAUAAACUAUUACUGUUAGAUCAACUUGUGUUCAUCAUGGAUAAUGAUGACCCGUGCCACUCAGGGCCCGAAGGUGGCCGGAUUCUUGUUGACACGUCAAACUCAGCUGAGUGUAACCUUGUUGAAUUUCAAACUAUCUUCCAUGAUUGGAUGCCAGGAGGAACCCCAGAUGAAGCUGCUGGUCUGUCAGUGGUGAGCGUUGAUAUGCAUGCGAAUGAGAACAAGAAAGGCCACAACACGAACAAAUACAAGAACACCAACCUCAUCGUACGCAGGAAUCAGGAAUUCACCAUCAGCAUCAAACUUAGCCGGCCCUUCAAUGAACAUCAGGACAACGUGCAGGUGGAGUUUCUCAUUGGUACCAAACCUGAUGUAAACAAGGGCACCUACAACAUCGUGUCCAUCGGAAAAGAGAAACGUGACGGCAGGUGGAAGGGUCGUGUGGUGAACACACAAGACAAUGAGGUGGCAGUGGGCAUCACACCGGACUCCAGCUGCAUCGUGGGCCGUUUUCGCACUUUUGUGGUUGUAGUGAGUGAUAUGGGAAAACAGCGCACCGAGAGGAAUCCUGACACUGAUGUUUACGUGCUGUUUAAUCCUUGGGAUCCUGCGGAUCAGGUGUACAUGGAGAAAGAUGAAGACAGGCAGGAGUAUGUUUUAAAUGAUGUUGGGAUCAUUUACAAUGGAGACUAUGACAACGUGACGUCCCGUUCAUGGAACUAUGGGCAGUUUGAACAAGGGGUUCUGGAUGCAUGCCUUCUAGUUAUGGAUGUUGGUAAAGUGCCGCUGGUAUUCCGUGGAAACGCCACUCAAGUAGCCCGGCAGGCCGCAGCUUUGAUGAAUGUUCAGAAUGAUAAUGGUGUUCUGGUUGGUAACUGGAGUAGUGAUUACUCAGAUGGCACAGCACCCACUGCCUGGACUGGAAGUCCUGAAAUCCUGCUGAAAUACGCAAGAAAAGGUGGCACCCCUGUUUGCUUCGCCCAGUGUUGGGUGUUUGCCGGUGUGCUGAACACAUUUGUGCGCUGUCUUGGGAUGCCAGUGAGGGUCAUCACCAACUACUGCUCCGCUCAUGACAACACAGGCAACUUGAUGACAGACAUUGUGCUGGACGAAGCUGGUAGAGUGAACAAAGGAAAGACAAAAGAUUCAGUGUGGAACUAUCACUGCUGGAAUGAGGUGUACAUGAAGAGACUUGAUCUGCCCCCACAAUACUCUGGCUGGCAGGUGAUUGACAGCACCCCUCAGGAGACCAGUGAUGGUCUCUAUCGAUGUGGCCCGACUUCUGUCAAUGCUAUAAAAGAGGGAGAAAUCAGCUACCAGUUUGAUGCAAGAUUCGUCUUUGCCGAGCUAAACAGCGAUGUGAUCUACUAUCAGUCUGAUAAGUACGGAAAAAGGAAGGUCAUCUAUGUGGACCCUACGUAUGUGGGAAAACUAGUUUUGACCAAAAAGUUGAAUAGCAGUGAAUAUGAGGAUAUCACUUCUAACUAUAAGUAUCCAGAGGGAACUCUGGAGGAGAGGGAGGCCAUGGAUUUGGCAGAGAGUCGUGGUGUUCCUACCAGGAAUAACUUGGCACCAGCUGCAUCUGGUCUGGAUAUUGAGGUCCAGGCCGACGUCGUCAAAAUGGGUGAUAAUUUCAAGCUGACUAUGAACCUUAAGAACCUGACCACCAAAAAAUGCACCAUCCAUACCACCCUUACUGGCUGUGUAGUGUAUUACACAGGUGUCAUCAGCUCUUUUUUCAAGUUUGAUAAUGACGAAGUAACCGUGGAGUCGUUACAGACUGAGACGCUAAAAAUAGAUGUCCGAGCAAUGGAGUACAUGCCCUACCUGGUGGAACAAUCCAAUCUGAUGUUUGUUGUGUAUGGGCGAACUGAUGACCUGGACGUGUCUCUUUCCAAAAUGAAAGUUGUCACCCUUCUCCCUCCUGACCUGACUUUACGGGUGAUUGGAACUCCCCAGGUUGGCAAAGAUCUCAUGAUAUCUGUGGAAUUCCUAAAUCCUUUUAAUUACAUCCUGGAAAAUGUGCAACUCCGCCUUGAUGGACCUGAUCUGAUACAGACCAAGAUGAAAACAUACAGGCAGAUUUUUCCUGGUGGCACAAUUAAAUAUAAGGAGUCCAUCAUCCCCAAGGCUUUGGGGAAGAAGACACUGAUGGCAUGUCUGGAUUGCAACACACUGAGGCAGGUCAACAAUGAGGUUGUAAUCGAAGUACUGAACGCUACGGACAACUAACAAGAGAAAGAAAAUAUAACACAUACAAGAUCACUUUGUUAUUUACUUUGCUUGCCUUACUGAUAUUAUGAAAGAUAAUCAAAAUUUUAAAUUACAAUUUAUAUUUACAUUUCUUUAUAAUCUUUAAAGAGUUUCUAAAUUUAGUGAUGAUCUGAAUGUAAUUUUUUGUUUGGGAGGUGGGGGUGGAGGUGAUUGGGGGGCUCAGGUCUUUUGACUAACAUACUGUCAUAGUAAUCACAAUAUAUUGUUGAUUUUUUUUUGUGCUAUAAUGCAAUGGAC